AUGUGGGAACAUUUCUUAGCUGCUUGGAAUGAAGCCCAUUUCUUUCUACACAGUACAGUGACACUUGCCUCAGACAUUGAUAUCUUUACAGAUGCUCUAUCCACUGUGGGCUUUGGGGGAUAUUUUAAAGGGAGCUGGUUCUGUGAUAAGUGGCCAGUUGAGUUAGAUUCACAACAUAAUGAUGACUUAUGCAUGGCUUUGCUUGAGCUGUAUCUCAUUGUAGUGGCAGCAAUGCUUUGGGGUACACAGUGGUCACAGCACAGAAUCAGUUUCAAUUGUGACAAUUUUGCAACAGUGCAUAUUAUUAGAAAAGGAAGAGCUUCCAGUCACUGUUGCAUAAUUAAUAAGCUGUUGAGAUGGCUAACUUUAUUGGCUAUGCAACAUAACUUUGUUUUCUUAGCCCACCAUCUCCCAGGUGCUCACAAUGGUAUUGCAGACUCAUUAUCUCGCUUUCAAUUUCAGAGAUUUCGCCUCUUGGCACCAGCAGCACAACAGCACAAGACUCAGUGUCCAUUGUUUUACAGAUAA